AUGGGGCUUGGACAUACUAAGGCAAUCGAUAAAGUAACGUGUAUCAAAGGUUUAAAGUUUCCUGAGGACAAAGUACACUUAGCUGCUUGUGGUAGUGAGCAUUCAAUCGUUGCUACAACCCGGGACUUCUUGUACGGUUUUGGCUCGAAUAGUUUUGGCCAGUUAGGCAUUGACAGCAAAAAAUCUAACACAAAAGCGCAAUUGAUCUUGGCACCUACACAACUAUCACUUGAUCAUGUACCGGCGAACGUGCAAUGGAAGCAGCUAGCUUGCGGCGCACAUCACAGCAGUGCAUUAACUUCCGAUGGUUUUGUGUAUGUAUGGGGUUCAAAUUCAGAAGGACAAUGUGGUGUAGAAGAAAAGCAAAUGAUCAAAUUGUUAUACAAAUUAAAGUUAAAUUUUUACGUUCAUUUUAUUGCGUGUGGUCAAGCUCAUACAGCUCUGAUCGAUAAUCAAGGUCGCUUGCAUACUUUUGGUUCGAAUCGUUAUCAGCAACUAGGACGAACGGGGGAACAAAAACAAAUUGUACCUGUAGAGCUGCCAUAUCCCAUCAAAAUAAAAUCUGUAGCUUGUGGAUAUCAACACACAAUCGUUUUAGACACAGACGGCUAUGUAUAUACAUGCGGUACUGGAGAACAGGGACAGCUGGGAAAUGAGAUGCUACACAUUUCCAGCCCAAAAUUCAAAAUUAUCAAGACACUACAAGACCGAACAAUAGUAUCAAUUGCGUGCGGAGCAUUUCAUACAGGAACUAUCGAUGAAAACGGCAGAUUAUAUUUAUGGGGCGAAGGACGGUUUGGAAAAUUAGGAUUUACAGAAGAAAAUGAGUUUCGACCACAAGAUAUCAUCAUAUAG